GCAAUGUAAAUAAAACAGAAAUGUCCUCCUGCAUUUGCCUGGGGCCCAAAAGAGCGGGUAAAACACACCUGCUAAAAGCCCUACAGGAUCCAGAUUCCAUCGACGAGACGACGUUCUCCAUGCCCACCAUUGGAACGGGGAUCUAUCGCAUUCAUUUCCCAACAAAGUCGCCGAAUGGGGAUAAGAAUAGGCCGCCUCCUGCAGAUACUCAGGUUAACAUUCCGCAUGGCGGGAAAAACCUGCCCAAGUCCAUACAGAUCCUGGAGAUCGGAGGAAGUAUGGCUCCCUUGUGGCGGCAGUAUUUCGAGGACGUCAAGAAGCUGAUUUACGUUGUGGACACCUCCAAUCUCUGCCAGAUCUCCGCCGCCGGUGUUCUUUUCUAUUCAAUUCUCACCGAACCGCGUUUGCAGAACAAUACUAAGAUCCUGUUGGUUUUGGCCAAAAUGGACUACUCCUACCGUCAGAUGCGAAACGAGGCACUACUCAUGUUGCAGAUGUCCAAGUUGCAGAAGCAGAUCCGCCAGCAGGUGACCAUUGUGGAGGCCAGCGCAGUGACCAAAGUGGGCUUGGAUACCAUUUACGAUUGGCUGCAGAGGCCCUAA